ACAGCCGGAUCUUCCUUCUCGAAUGGGCAGCCACCACUGAGCCGGGGGAAAAAUUUAAUGCGUCUCCACAAAUCUUACCCUCCCCGAGACACAGCGCGCGCCCACCCGCCUCGCUGGAGUCUGAAUGCAUAGAAGCAGAGACUUGUGGAGUUGGAAGGGACCCCGAGAGGCAUCUAGUCCAGCCCCCUGCAAUGCAGAAUCUUUUGCGCAUCGAGGGGUUUGAACCCACGACCCUGAGAUCAAGAGCAUCGUGGUUUUUUCUACUGACUGGGCUAAAUCUCUUCAGAAAUAUCCCCUCCCCCCCCCAAAAAAACCCCCCACUUCUGACAUUCACGACUGUUUGGGGCUUUGUUUUCUUUGCUGUUCCCAGGAAUAAACCACUUCUUGUUGUGGCCUUUUUGUCGCUUGUAGAGAAAAGCACAUCUGAAAAUGUUUAUUUGCGUCUGUAUCUGUGGCCCUCAGUCCUUCAAGCGGGAAAGUCCCUGUGCGCAGUUUAAAAAAAACACAACACUUUAAUUCUCUACAACAUGGAAGAUGGCAGGGACGUUCAUUAAAAGGGGCGACGCGACCUUCCCAACCACCCCUUCUUUUCGUUUAAAAAGGAGGGCGGGGGAGAGAGGGAGGCCUGCAGCUCCCUUGUGCGGCGGAACCUCUCCAUCGCGCUCCGAGGCGAGGCGGAAGACAGGAAGCGGCGGACAGGAAGCGCUUGCCCGCCCCGGAAGUGUUCGCCGGGUCCUUCCAUGCGCCGGCUCCUGGCAACCCGCGACCGAGGCCGACGGCGGGGGAGGGGAGAAGCACCCGCGGCGGACCCGUUUGUUCCGGGACGGAGCGGCCUCCCUGGGCGGCGCCGCGAUGCUGCUGAGAGGGGCGCCCGAGGGGCAGGUCACCGGCGUCUCCAGAGCCUUGUCCUCGGGUCGGUCCCUUCUCCUUUCUCGGCUCCUUCCCCUCCGGCCUUCCCGGCCUCCGGGGGCCUCGCAGGGGGGCCACUUCUCCGCGAGUCCCCGGUGAGGCGGCUUCCUUUCACGAGGCCUUCGCCGCGCCUGGGGGGCAAGCGGAGGCCGGGCGGGAGGGGGGGAUUAGUCGGUUCUCCGGCGCUGAAAGCCCCCGGCUGUUUCCCUCUUUCUUCCCCCGCCGCCCCGGUUUUGCCGCCUCCCCCCCCCCCCCGGGAGCUGCAUAAGAGGAGCAGAAAUUCACCCAGCGGACCUUUCCCCGGCACCCCGUCGUUGUACCUUUUUUGCUAGUAGAAGCUGCCCCUGUUGAAUUUCCGCCUGUCGCACAAAUAUCCGCGGCUCUAGAAGGUUAUGCAGCAUGGAGGGGUUUUUAGCUCGUUUGCCUCUUGGACAUAUUACUGAGAUUGUUGGGCAGAAGAUCUCCUGCUUUUUCUCCCACAGAGGCUUCCUGUAGUUAGGUGUUAACUCCAUGUUUCCUACCUUAGUGCAGCACUGCCGAUCUUAUUCACGCGUUUUUUAGAAAAAGAACAAAGCAAGUCCUCAUCUUUUUGGGAAGUCUCACACGCACACCCAAAGCAGAUAUGUCGGUAGAAGAAAGCCCUUCUUGCUGGUUGAGCAGGUGUAUAGUCUAUAAACUGUAGGAUUGCAACCUACAGUUUGGGGGAUAGAAGAGCCGUGUUGCCCUGACAUGUAACUGACUAAAGCACAGCAUCUACUACCCUAAGUAUGGUAGAAAUGCGUCAGUUAUAAUACAGUUAAUCAGCUAAAGUGCUUCUUAUUUUAAAAGCACUUUACAAGUGACCUAUUUCUAAUAAAACUACUUUUCAAACAUCUACUUAUCAAAUAUCUACUUAUCAAAUAUCUAUUUGUAAUGACAAUUAUAAAGACGGGUUUGCUGAUGAAUUACAACAAAUUUAAAUAGCUGGUACUUUGUGUGUGUGUGGUAUAUAAUGUUUUUAUAGGCUGGCUUGAAGUGGGCAAAAUAAGAGUGCAUUUAUUCGUGUAUAUGAUACCUUAAUGAUGCCAAACUAGGAUUUGCUGCAUCUUAUGUUUGCAGAACACAUACUUUUGGCCAAAUAAAUGUAUGCAAGGUAGUCCAGAUUUUGGUACUGGGUGAAUGUGAAGAUUUUAGCUCAGUGGAAGUGCCUCCUAAGCUUGUAAUAUUUUCAUUCACAGCUUCUGUGCUUAGCCAAGUUGAACCUGUGGGAAGAUGGUUUGAAGCAUUUAUUAAGAGGAGAAACAUACAUGUUUCUGCCUCUUUCCAGGAACUGGAAGAUGAGAAAGAGCUCUCUGAAGAGUCAGGAGAUGAAGAAUUGCAGCUGGAGGAAUUUCCUAUGUUAAAAACACUUGAUCCAAAGGACUGGAAGGUAUAUGAUCUAAUGUUACAAUUGUAUUUGUUCAUUUUUUAGUGAAGAUUUCCUACCAGUACUAACAAUUUGAAAUAUUUCUAUAUUGCUUCUUGAUAAUUGCUUCAUCUUUUAUUCCCUGUGUGAUUUGAUCUUAAGGAUUGUUUUCAGCCACACAAAAAUUAGUUCUCCCUGUCCCCACUUCAGGGAAAUUCAAGAUUCAAUCCCACUUAUGUAGGAGUAAGCCCCGUUGAGUUGCCCAAUAGCAUUUUGUGCCCUCUCCUUUUUUCAGAUUGGUAUUAGGUUUCCUUUCCCAGUUGCUAAUACUAAGUAAAUAGUUCUAAGCUAACAGCACAGUGUCAGUGGGUCACGUGGAAAAAUAUAACAUUAUAGAAGCUUUGAAAAUAUAUGAUGAACAUAUAAUAUGAAGGUCUGGUCAGAUCAGCUAACAGUGGCAAUAUGGAAGUCUGCCUUCUAAAGUUCCAUUAACAGGCAUUGCUGCUGCCUUGUGCUUAAUUUAUACAUACCUGUUUUCAUUUAACUCUUUUCUUUUUCUUUUGCUUCAUUCUGUUGUGCUCACAUUUCUUUCUGCUAAUACUUUUCUUGUGGCAACUCUUAGAGAGUUGGAGAAGUAGGGCACCACACUGUAGCAGCUACCUGUGUUCUUUCCCUCUCUCAUGAAGUGAGGUCGUCUUCUUUCUCUCCUUUUUAAGGUCUCUUAAAAUUCCUCAUUCAAAACCUGGAUGGAGGAGCUAUAGGGAUAAGGAAAGGCAAUAAAGGCAAAAGUGGCAAGAAAACAGAAGAAGGAAAAAGUAGUUUAGCUUUCUCUGCCACUUGGCUGCUCAAUAGUUGCUACUCACCAUAAAUAGCUGUUGAUAUUUGCAAUUUUCUCUCAGAAUCAGGAUCAUUAUUCAGUUCUUGGGCUGGGACAUAUAAGAUACAAGGCGUCUCAGAAACAAAUAAAAGCUGCUCGUAAGUACCUUACAUUCAUUUUUUGUAUUGAAAAUGUUUCAGGUCAUAUGAACAGUUCUGUGCUGCGCUGAAAGCUGUUGAUUUCAUAAAGGAAGAAUAGUUCACUUAAAAUGACGCCAAGAAUGUGGUUUUGACUGCUGUGGCACAGUUUUUCAGCUGAGCCAUAGAGUCUCAUUGUUAGUUUAGGACUCUUAUGAUUAUGGGGUGGGGAGGACGACACUUUAAAAUACAUGUGUUCAGGGAUCAACAAUAACAGGUGAGUCACAAAACUAAAGUAAAACGGUAAGAUGCAUUUUACAUUGACUUCCAAUUGAAGUAAAACACCUGAAAUUAAGGUGGGGCAAAGCUAUGCACACAUGCAGCUGUAAUUUUUAUGUGGUAACUCAGACUCCUGAUGCAAUGUAACUCCUUGUGCAAUUUAGUUCAAAACUUAGAGAUGCCAGACACACACAAAAUACUGAAAGGCUGAUAAAUGAUUGAUCUUAACUGCUGCAUCAGCCUAAAUCAGCUAUGGUAGUGUGAAGGUUUGGGGGUCUUUCACAGCCCAAACCCAUUUGUAGUUAAUGGGGGCUUUCAACCCCAUAGGCAUGGUUAGGAUUGCAUCCUAAAAUACAAUACUUUGCAUAUGCAGAGUUGCAUUUUUUCAAUACUGUAGUUAUAGUAUAAUUAGUAUUCAGAAAUUAAUGUGUGGGGUGAGAUAUUGAAACUUUAAAUAUGUGUGAAACACCACAAAGUACUUGUUUUGCCACUUUGCAUUUCAUAUAAGGGAGAGGGGAAAUAAUUUUACUUACAUUUCUGUCCUUCAUUAAGGAUAGCUGUGACCCCACAGAUAUGUAGUAUGGUUCAACUCAUGGGGUGUCUAUGAAAGUACAGGGUAUCGCUGCUGUUUGUUUACUUUUUGCUGCUUAAAACAUUUUUGCUGUUUAAAACAGGCAAUAUGCAACUGAUGAUAAAGCAGGGGAAGGGAGGUGUUUCUGAAGUUGACAUUUCCUUCUCCUCCCAUAGAUAAAGCCAUGGUUUUGAAACACCAUCCAGACAAGCGAAAAGCAGCAGGAGAACAGAUAGGUGAAGGUGACAACGACUACUUUACUUGUAUAACAAAAGGUAAGUCCUAGUUAUCAACUAACAUAGCCUAUAUGACUGUGCAUAAAAUGGUUCAGUAUAUUUGUGAUUCUUGCUUACAUAAAACACAUAUUAGAAGAACAGAGCUUCCAGCAAAUGGAACUGUUGGCAGUGUCUCAGUAAUAAUAAUAAUGUUGCUGCUUAAUAAAAUAAUAAUGAAUUCAUUGAAACAAGUUAUUGUGCUCCUUAUUGUUCUUGUAUGCAGAUGAUAGGGCUUGUGUGUGUCAGCUUAGAUUAAUUAUGAAAUAAUUGAUUGAAUUAUGCUUACUCAUGAUUUUAGAUUCCUAGUUUGUGUAUAUGUGCAAGCUGCUCUAAAGAUAAGCAGCCUCUUAUCCAAUUAUUGCUCUUGUCACGACUCUGAAAUGUUGCAUUCCAGAAAUUGCAAUAACUGGGGGAGCUUUUGAAAAGGGAAAACUGAUGUAAUGAUGAUUUUAGAAUUGUGCUCUAUCCCCUUUUCAGAAGUCCUAAUGAUAGCUUUUAAGCAUGUUACAGAAACACGCAGUGCAUAUCUUAUUCUAUUGAUUCACCAAGCCUAUUGGUAAAUGCAGUCACUGGGAUUCUUCAUUGGCUCUGAGGACUGGAUACAUAUGAAUAGUUAUUUCAUCCAUCCAGCACAGUCCACAAAGCUAAUUUUCUGAAAUGGCUGUGCAUUGCAUGUUAGUUCAGAAAAAGUCAUGCUGGGCAUUCGCAGUGCAUGAGCAGCAAGACACUUUUGAGGGGAAACCAAGCUUGGCUCCCAUUCUAAGUUGAUUCCUUACUGUAAAUUGAUUAUUUCCUGUAAUUCCAUUUUCCAGCCUAUGAAAUUUUGUCAGAUCCUCUGAAGAGACGAGCAUUUAACAGUAUAGAUCCUACUUUUGAUAACACUGUUCCUUCUAAAAGUGAAGCAAAGGAAAACUUCUUUGAAGUUUUCUCCCCGGUUUUUGAAAGAAAUGCCAGGUAAGCUAUAUUAUAGGCUGUAGGGGAGAUUUUCUCCCACUUUGCCUUAUUGGCAGUGUGUCUUUGUGUUAGAAGUUUCUUUGAUUCCAGCCAUUUGGGGAGUUUGAGCAUCUUAAUAGUGGUCAGAUGCAGAUAGAGUUGUGUCUACAUACCUAGUGGUUUGAUGUGUUUGAACUGAACUCGCACUCAGUUAUCUCACUCUUAGGUACCAAAAUAAUAUUUGUGUGCUUAUUGCUGUUUCCUAGCAACACACACUGGUGAUACCAUUGGAGCAGUCUGUUGUAGAGCAGAUCCAUCUGUUGGUUCCAGAACUGUUCUAAUUGUUUAAUGCCGCCUCAGUGCUUGGCCAUCUUCCACGAUCACUUGCUUCACAAGGCCUAGCCUUCACGAUGGUGCACAAAUAAUUUUCUUAACUUUGUCAGAGCAAUGGAGGAGAGGCUAUGCUCAAUUUAUUGGUUUCUGUCCAGUGUACAGUUUUAUAUUGCAUCUUGCAGUUGUGGAUGUUUUUAGUGCUAGGUUAAAAUAAACACUUAGUUUUGUUUGUUACUAUGUUAAAUAUUUUUGUGUUUUUAUAUUGUAAAUCACUCUGUGAUCCUUGGAUGAAGGUAUAGAAAUUUAAUUUAAUUUGCUAAUACUGUAGAAAUAAUAGAUUAUACUAUCUCAACAUUCCGAGUCAUUUUGCAAUGUUAGCACCAAGAUGGAACACUGAUACUGUUUUCCUUUGUGCUACUUGCUGGAGAAUAAGAUUAAGCUCACUUCUUCUGAAUUUGAAAUCUCAUUUAAGUCUUAUCAAUUAUGGUCUAUAGAGUUCAGAGGAUUAGAGAAGCAAAUCCAUAUACUUCAGAUUAAAUUCUCACAUGAUAUAACAUUAAUGUAUAGUCAAAGUUACUGUUUCGUCAAUGAAUUCACCCAACUUUUCAUCAUAGUGAAUGUCUGUGUGUGUCUUAAUUGCUACAGAUGGUCAAAUAAGAAAAAUGUACCUAAGCUUGGGGACACAAAUUCCUCCUUUGAAGAGGUAGAUGCAUUUUAUUCAUUUUGGUAAGCAAACUUUUUUCUUUUUCUUCAUUUUGAAAUAAUUUUAUGUGACAUGUCAAAAUUGUAUGGGAAAACUUGUCUGUAAAAAUAAACAAGACUCUUACGCUUGUACAAGUCCGUAUAGUAUAAAAACGUAAGAGCACUGAAUAACUUUUCCUUAGGAAUAAAGGGUGGGGCCAGGAAGUAACAUUGCAACCCUGUUGCAGUUUGAAACUUUCCUUCCCCCAAAAAUAGACUGCCAUAUAUAUAAAUAGUAGGGUUGCAGAGUCUUUAGUCAAGACAAGCCUGGAAUAGUUGUGAUAUGAGAUCUUCAGAUUGAUGGCUUGUGACUUAUGGGAACCACAUAAGUUUUUAUUUAGUGGCAAACAGAUGUAUGUGACCAGAUGUUAACAUCAUUGCUGAUCUCUAUUGCUCUGUGCUGUGGUUACGUAGAAAUGCAGAAAAAUUGCUAGGGGGAGAGGGGCCAAUGUAGGAAGCAGAAUGCUUCUCUGCACCCCCAUCUCCAUUUUCUUUGGAGGCAUUGUUCUUCCCAUAUCAUAAGAUUUUGCCUUGCAGCAUAAAAUAAUCAGAAUGAGCUGUUCAUUAAUAUUCUGAUGGCAUGUAGAUUUCCUUAAGCUUGAUAAAGUGUAUGCACCAGACAGCUAGCAGUAUAAUCUCAAAUUAAGAAUGCAGACUAAAAAUGUUCGGAAGAAUUUGCAAUACGACUAUUGCGACUUUUGAUUAGGCAUCAGCAUAGCACUAACUUUUUCUCUCUCCUACUUUAUUGUAUGUUAGGUAUAAUUUUGAUUCUUGGCGGGAGUUUUCUUACUUAGACGAAGAAGAAAAAGAAAAAGCAGAAUGGUAUGUAAAUAAAAGCACUGAAGUUAACACACCAAAGAAAUUCAACUUGCGUAUUCAACUGUGGUACCUCCGGUUGUGGACGGGAUCCGUUCCGGAAGUGCGGUUGAAUCCCGGGGUUGCUGCAACCUGAGGACCACUUCUGCGCACGUGCACACGGCGAAACCCGGUAAAAUACUUCCGGGUUUGCCGUACGCACUGUUGGGAUACUGCCAGGGAGAUGGAGGCAUCAGGCAGGCCCCCAGUCGUCCCUGGACGAUCACCAGUCUCCCGUCCAGGGAGGCAUUCCAAGGCCCGUGCACACCCUUUCAGCAGAGUCUCCACAACGAAAGGAUGCAGACAGAAGAGCAUAUUUACAGCUUUAUUCAACGUAGUUCAGAACACAGGAAAAACAUGACUGCUUGCCUCCGUGUCCAGGAAAACAGCCGGAACAAAAGCUAUAUACAAAACGGAGGUUCCCAGCGAGAAGCUGGAAGUAAACAGGCAUGCGAUACACAACAGCCUGUUCCCUUUUUAAGGUGGAACGGAACUAUCCUAACAUGCCCAUCCCGAAGUUUACAUAACCAGAGGGUAAACGGAGGUUCGACUGUGUUACAGAUUUUACACUAAUCUUAUUAAUGAUACCAGGUACUGAAUAACAAAGCAGAAUAAUCCUUAUGAAUAGGCCCAGUAUAGAUUCUCCGUAGAUCUAGUAAUCCUCGGAGAUAAUCAGUCCAAAAAACGGUCCUGUUCUCUACUCUAGUAUCUCAGUAUUGUGCAAGCAUUCCCCAGCUUAUUGGAGGAAAAUUUGAAUAGAAAUAAAAUAUAGGAAAGCUUUCUGUUUUUAGGAAGGAGGGAGGGUUCGGUUAGCCAAAGUUUAGAAGCUUAUUCAGGCAGUGGUAAACACAUGGUACGUGUCAGGGUACAUUGAAUACAAUAAUUGGGGUUUUAUCAAAAGACAUCACUUGUGAAGCUGUUUGAAGCCCUACUGAAUACGAUCGUAUUCACUGAGGAAUUCGUGGAAAUGCUGCUGUUCCUCUUGAGUUUUGCAACAUUUCCCGAAAUGAUUUUGUACUGAGAUGUGCUUGAGCAUAGAAAUGCUUUCUACUUAAGGCCUCUCAUCUCUCUCUGCAGUCGAGAUGAGAGGAGGUGGAUUGAAAAACAGAACAGAGCAGCCAGAGCAUUAAGGAAAAAGGAAGAGAUGAAUAGAAUAAGGACACUAGUUGGUAAGUGUGAACUCACUUUUGUCAAAACCCGUUCAUUACAUUUCAGCCUUUAUAUGUUCACUUCACAGACACCUUUUCUUUUCUUAGACACCGCUUACAGCUGUGAUCCCAGAAUAAAGAAGUUCAAGGAAGAAGAAAAAGCAAAGAAAGAAGCAGAAAAGAAAGCAAAGGCAGAAGCAAAACGAAAAGAACAGGAGGAGCGCGACAGAGUACAUUUCAAUCUAUACUUGUUUUGAAGGAUUCAAAAAGUAUGAAUGUGUACAGCAGAGCUUUCCAAACUCUGUGUUGUGUAGGUGUGUCACGCAAAUAUUCCCCGUGCCCCUUCCGGGGCGGGAAAGGGAUUCGUUCAACCUCUGGUUUGCUAGUAAAACUAAAUUACUGUGUAGCGAAAUGAUGCAAGUCUAAAAAGUGUGUCACCUACAUGAAAAGUUUGGAAAGCUUUGGCGUACAAAAUGUUUUGGUGCUCUGGCAGCUUGGCAAAACUACACAUUGGGUGGUAUUCAACCAGCUUGAACUAUGAACUUCUGCUAGCAGAGCAGGGCUUCCUCUUCCUCACUUCCCCCCAUGAAGCCUGCCCUCCCCCCCCCCCCCCGCUCCCAUGUGGACGACCCUCCAUAGCUGGUUUUAUGGAUGGGGGCUGCAGUGGGAAGGAGGAGAAGGAAAAGUUGUUAUAGUAGCAGACACAGCUGUCACCCCUUGAAUAUUACUCCGAAUUGCUAAUACUUGUUGCCAGAGGUGUAUCUGGCAACUUCAUUAUAGUUUUCAGCAAAUGCUGAAGGUUCAACCUCUUUACCUUAGUCUUUGACACUUGAAAUGUAUAUUUUCAUGACCCACCCUAUUUUUUGUGAUUGAAGGCAUACAAAUAAAAAAUACAAACUGUUCUAAAUUGUAUUUAAAAUAGUUGUAACCUGCCCUGGGACCUUAGAGUGAAGAGCAGGUAAUAAACUGAAAUAAUAAUAUAGCAAUUUGAAGGUUUUGGUUUUACAUAAUGAUCUAUUGACUUGGCCUGUGGCCCAUGUAAUAAAUUGUGCUUUCCUAGAACAUACCUAAUUAAAUAUGUAUACCUAAACAAAUACGCAAUAUCUUUGAAUUCAAGUGAUGGAUGUGUUUUGGCGCCAUAACUUGAGAUAAGCAAGUGUUUAAAAAACCAUUUUAAUCCUGUUUCAUUAGCAUAAGAAUUUGUGACGUUCCCAUUUGCUAAAGACCUAUCAUGCUGAAAGAUUUCAUGGAGCACAGAUGAUUACUGGAAUGAUGCAGUUAUUUAUUUGGUCAAUAAUUCAGGUCAUGGCCUUGAAAUAAUGACAAAUAGGCAUCUCUGGUUGGUUUGCUAGUAAGAAUACCUAAAAUUCUGAGAACCGAGUGUCACAAACUGCUUUUAACUUGGCAUAGAUAUGGUAUCAGACUUUACUGAUUCAUAGUUUUUCUUCUGUUUCAGCAAAGGCAAGCAGAAUUAGAAGCAGCACGAUUAGCCAAGGAAAAAGAAGAGGAAGAAAUUAGACAACAAGCGCUGCUAGUGAAAAAAGAGAAGGAUAUUCAGAAAAAAGCAAUUAAAAAGGAAAGGCAAAAACUGCGAACAACCUGCAAGGUAUAUGUGUACUGCUAUAGUUAAAUAUAAAUUUUAUUCUUUAUUUUAUUCUUUUAUUCUUACAUCGAGCUCAUAGAACAUUGGGUUUGAACAGCACUCUACAUUAGUCCUAAUUCUCGGAGAAGCGACCUUGAUAUCUUAAAAGAGUUUUUCUUUAAAGUUUUAUAAAGCCUCACAUUUACUUUUGAUGUUGUUAUUCAAAAUAUCCUUGUGAACUGAGGUGUGAUGUGAAGGCUACGGUAACUAUAUAUAGUUUUCCAGAAGGGAUGCUAAAAAUAAACAGUUGCAGUUAUCCAAAUAAAAAAGUGAGCACUGGGGAAACAUGCACACAAAAUGUGCAUAUUAGCAAAAACAGUGUACAAAAAUGCAUUACGUUAGGUGAACUUGCACACACAAAUGUGUAUUUUAUGGGGGGUGGGGAGAAUACUUAUGUCCUUAAGUGAUGCUGUGGUACUGAUAGUCAAAAUGACAAGAGGUGCAAUAAGUUCUCCAAAAUAUAAACAUCCAAUUUUAGAAGCAUAAAUUUUAGCCAACAUAUGUGUCACUGGUAUUUUGCACUAAUUAAUCAAGAGCUUAAAAUACUAGGCAUUUGAAUGUCAAAAAUCAGCUAAUUCUCCAGUGCUUUCUGCUCUGAAAAACAAAGCUAGUUCCGCUUUUGAUAACAAUGUUCAUGGAAGCUGUUUGCUUAAAUGAAGAAUUACUACAGCGAAAAUGCCCAAGCCAAACACAUUGCUUGUUGCCUCUGCCUGCUGUUUUUCUGUAAUCUGAAGAUAAAGCAUAUGGUGUUCUUCUUUCAGAACUGGAAUUACUUUUCUGACAGUGAGGCAGAAUGUGUUAAGAUGAUGGAAGAAGUAGAAAAGCUGUGUGAUCGUCUGGAAUUGGCAAGGUAUGCAUUCCUGACCUACAUGUUACGUUUUUUGACCUUCAGCUUUCUACUAGAUCUGAAAUAUCGCUCAAUAAUUUAUUUUUAGUCUGCAGUGCUUGAAUGAAGCACUUACAUCCACAACAAGGGAAGAAGGAAAGGCUGCUGUAGAAAAACAGGUAAUUAUUCAUCUUUUGUCACGUAAGAGUGUGUCAACAUAGUGAAAAUAUUGGUGUGAUCCUGUCGAACAUGUAUGCUGUGUUGUAUAGGAAGCAAAUUGCCCAGCAGAAUUGCAUUUCUAAAGAGAAUUUUUGCACCUGCUCACACAACUAAUAAUGCCUCCUUUAUUGCAUUUUUAAAGUCCAGCAGAAUCUCAGAGCAUACAAAGUGGAAGAGCAGUAUGCUAUCUAGAGAUUAGCAGAUGAAUCUUUGCACGUUUAUGCAAGCUUGAGAGAUAAAAACGAGAAAAAUGGGACACUACCUUGUCUGCCCCGCCCCCCUUCAGGGGUAGCAAGAGGAUUAUAGAUUUUUUUUUUAAAGGAUAAGGAAGUUCAAUGCUUGAACUUCAUGUUAAAGUAUAUGGACUUACAUGUUGCCAAAAUCAACAGAAGACUGAGACACUGCUUGUUCUGUUACAGUAUUUAAACUGAAUUGUGAAUUAAGCUUAAAUGGUCUGACAAUUCUCUUGCUUUAUUGUGGUUACAACGUGUCUAAGACCAGUAACAUGCAUGCGAUGCAAUUAUUAUUAUUUCCUCCUUUAGAUGAGGGUGUUCCUCAGAGUUUUAAAUCAGUCUAAAGCUACCUAUUUAAGUGCAGUUAAUUUGCACAGAUCUUGGGGAAAACUUUCUUAAUUGCUUCUGCAAGAAACAAAUGGUGAGACAUGCUGGGGUCACAGUGUUGUAACUUGUGCAGCUGCUACCUCCUUUUAACUUGCUCAGCUGUGUUUUUCUAAAGCUUCUCCCACAGUGGCAGUUGUGGACCAGGAAACUUGUGGCAAUUGCCUACGUAUUGGGAGAAGGCUUUUGUGUUUGCAGCAAUUCAGUGCUAAAGUCUCGUGUGUUCUUGUAUUCCCAUAGAUAGACGAAGUAAAUGAACAGAUAAGGAGAGAAAGGGAGGAAGCAGAGGCUCGUAUGCGGCAAGCGACAAAGAGUUCUGAAAAACCCACAAGCGGAGGUGUUGGCGGAAGUAAGAACUGGUCAGAAGAUGACUUACAGCUGCUAAUUAAAGCAGUAAACCUCUUUCCUGCUGGGACUAACUCAAGGUAUCUACAAUUAUUGAACAGUAUGUAUAUAGGCAGUAGUCUUGUGUUGAAGCAUAAAAGGCAAGUCAGGGUGUUGAUUUUUAUGUUAAAUUGAUUUGUGAAUAUACACUUUCUCAACGUAUCACAGAUCUGCAGAAACAGCUUUCUGCUGAGGGAUAUUUGCAAAGUCAUUCAAGUUGAUUGCUGAAUUUGUUCUGUAUUUCUGACUGCAUGAUUUCGGCUAGUUUGCAGUUUGGGGGUAUGAGCUGAAGGCCAGUGCAUUUUCCAGGGAAGACCCUUUCUUCUUCAACAAUUUGUGUUUUUCUAAAACACAAGGUUAUUGCACAUUAUGGAUAUUGUUAAGCAUAUGCAUUAAGCACAACUGAGAAUAAUGUAACUCUUAUUUAGGAAGAUGUGCAUAUAUAAUUCCAAAACUGCAUCCAACAAAUAAUUUCAGUAUUUGAUUUUAAAAUAUACAGGGUGGGUCCUUCAAAAGAGACCCCGUGGAUACAGAGUACCCAUGUUCCACGGGGCCUCUUUUAAAAGACUCACCCUGUAUAUCUUACCAAGCGAUAUAUUAAUUACAGUACACACAAAAAAACUAGCCAGGCAUUUAACUGCUAGAAUCAACAUACUUUUAAAGGAUGUUUUUAGAGCAUUUUUGUUUUUUCUUUUGCCUGAUAAUAGGUGGGAAGUUAUUGCCAAUUACAUGAAUUUGCACUCUACUACGGGAAUAAAGCGAACAGCAAAAGAUGUUAUCAACAAAGCAAAGAGCCUCCAGAAACUUGGUAUCUUUAUCUUUGUAAGAUGGUCUGCAUGCUUCCAUUUACUUCCUAGUAAAUUCAGCUGACAUUCCACAAGCCUAAAUACAUUCCUGUCCACCCCUGCCCAUUUCCACUAUCUUCCCCAAUUCUGAGGCAGAGUAUAUGAAGGGCGAAAUAAUAUAGCCCUCCAGUCCAUUUCAUUGGUUUCUUGGCUUGAUUUCUCCUGGAGUGCUGGCUGUUUUUCGUAAUGAAGACUUUCAUAUCCCAAGGGCUGAGAUGUCCUUAUAAUAAUUGGAGGGUCAUUUUGAGCUAUACGUAUAUGCAAAAUUUCAGCAUUGUAUAAGUAAUGCUGCUGCUUAAAGGAUGACCUAAACCACUUUGUAUGCGCACCCUCUUGCUAAGAGACUUAUUAAAAUAAUGUAACUUGGUGGCCUUUCAGGUGAAAACUGAGUUUACUUAAAAUUCUCAGACUUCUUUCGUUUAUGACAUGGGUUGAAUUGUUUAGUUGGCCUUUUAACGCUUGACUUUAAGCAGAACAAUUUCCUGUGAAACAUUCGUUUGGGGCAUGAUUACUUAAAAGCAACUUCUUAUUCUUCUUAGACCCUCAUCAGAAGGAUGACAUAAAUAAGAAAGCUUUUGAUAAGUUCAAAAAAGAACAUGGAGUUGUGCCACAGGCAGACAGUGCGACACCGUCAGAACGUUUUGAAGGUAAGCGGGGAAGAAGGAUUCGCCUCUCCCCACCGUCCCACUCUCAAAUAUUCCAUUCAGCCUUCUUAUGCCCAGAUCUCAUGUGGUUAAGAGCCAUCCCUCCAGUUCUGCCACUGGAUGCUUUGGGGCAUUAUCUGCUUGAUGUCUAUCACUACUACUGUGAGGAGCCGCAACCAAAUGAACAAAGUUCUUCAUUUGCAAGUUCUAGUGUUUGCAGAUGUGAACAGAAUAGUUAGAAUUUGGAUGAAGUUAUGUAAUGUUCAAUUGAUGGAAAACAAAAAUGCCCCGAUGCUUGAACUAAAGGCAUCCAGGGAACAGGGAGUGUGCUGGAAAAUUCCUUGGGAGUUUUGCAUAGCUUUCACUAAGGACUUCUUGCUUAAAACACAUUCUUUUCUCAUGUAUUAUUUUCAACAGCCACAUUUACAGAUUUGUCUCCAUGGACAACGGAAGAACAAAAACUUUUAGAACAAGCUCUCAAGACUUAUCCAGUGAAUACUCCCGAAAGGUGGGAGAAAAUAGCAGCUUCUGUUCCAGGCCGAUCUAAAAAAGACUGCAUGAAACGAUAUAAGGUAGGAAAAUAUGGCUUCUGUUUUUACUCCAUAGUGCACUUCAGAGUAUUACCAGCUUAAGAGAGAUUACAUUUGCUUCUCUCCAUUCCACUUUUUAAAUUUCUCACUCAAGUGUCAUAGGAACCUUACCUGUUCCUUGGGAAAGAGAUCAUGAGCAAAGGUAAGAGUAGCUUGCUGAUAACAGUUACUGGCAAAACACCUUUCAUGACUGCCUGAGAUAGUAAGGGCAAAAUUAAUGAUGCCUUGCCGUAUGUAGAAUUUGCCAUUUGUGCCAGGGAGGGAAAACCCUGGCUUAGCAACUUUUCCUGCAGGCAAGGCUGUCCCAGGCAAAGCAAAUCACACACUAUGGGUUCCCACAUAACUUGUUUUAACAGGCAAACUCUGCUUCCAAAACAAAUCAGGAGGCAGAGGAAGCUACAGACCCUGUCUUGGCAGAUAUAAGUGCCAUAAAAACCUUUAAAUAGGCACCAGGGAUUGAAUGUGAUGCUACAUACAUACAAAGCACACAUUCACUGCACCUACCUCUUUAAUUAAAAUAGGCUGGCCAAAAAAGACUUUAGGAUUGCAUUAUACCAUUUGAAUCAAAGACAUAUACCAUGACCACUUGCAAAUGUAGAUUUGUAUCACAUGAAGAAAUAGAAAAGAGCAGGGAUCACACUAGAAUUUUCUUUCAAUGUUAACUAAAUUCAGAGUGCUGGCCUUUUAGUUCAAUGCCAUUCAUUUAGGAUUAUUUGUGGUGUUCUUUAUUGAAUCGAAACAUUAGUGAACCAGUGGAUUUCAGAAUUGGGAGUCCCAAACUUCACUGCUCAGUCAGUGGGAAAUGGGGACACAGCUGAGUCCUGUUGCAGCUAACCAGAGAGAGAAUGAUUUCCCUCCAUGGCCAGUUCACCAAGUUGGUGUGUGAAAGAGCACAGUCCUCCAAGGGGAAAAGGUUCCUUGUCCCUGCUUUAUGUGCUUAGUCUUACAGUAAGUGCCAAUUCAUGGUGGCACAGCCAAAAUCCACACUAUACUUGCAUCAAGCUUAUGUUGAAAGUCAAACUGCAGCACUGGGGUGCUUGUACAGGAUUAUAGAAAUCACCCUGUAACUUGAAACUGAAUAGCUUUUGGAAUAGUAAUAUCUAUCCCAUUCUGAACCCUAAUUUUGGAAGUCUGAACUAUUAUAAAGUCAAUACAAAAGUUAUUGAGCAGUUAAAUAGGGUGGUGGGAGUGAGUGUUAUUCACAGGAAGGCUAGCUGGUGGCAGCCUACUAAUGGCAAGUGUUUAAAGUUACUGAUCAUUUGAAACUUUGUCUUACUGUGCCAAGACUUGAGUAUUCUUUCUAGCUUCUCAAUACUUGAAAUAACUAGAACUUGCUUAGCAAAUUCUACUAGAUAAGAAACAAUAUGAACAAGGUUCUCUCUCUCUCUCUUAUUCUAGGAACUUGUUGAAAUGGUUAAAGCGAAGAAAGCUGCCCAAGAGCAAGUAGUGAAUGCUGCUAAGACUAAGAAAUGAGAUUCUUAAUGACAAUCUUAGUGUGUUCUGUUUUGUAAUAAAAGUACAAAUGUAUAAUACGGCUUUUAUUAUUUGUAUAGAUAGCUGUACACUUCUUUGUGGAAACAGAAGACAAAAUGUCACAUAGU